GAAACACCAUCACCCCUUCCAUUUCAAUAGGCUGCUCUUUCCGUAUUCGAAAUUUCGAAAGCUUUUCCUGUUCAGGUUGUUGGCAAAAUCGAUGAUUUUUGGAAGACGAACAGCCGAACGAGAUGAUUACGGCGGAUAAUCUUAAAACCCCAAUCUUCUCUGCAACUCGUUGCACCAAUGAUCAUCUUCCCGCCUAUAAAUCAUUUCUUCAUCGUACUCGUUUCCUUCUACUUCUCCUUGUUAUUCUUCUAAAUGCUACUGUCUACAGUAACACAAUUCUAAUCAAUUUCUCAGUGAUUUGUAUGUCAGAAGAGAAGAUUAGCACGAUGUUCAAUGGAUCUCAUAAUGAUUAUGAAGUUCUCCGUGAAGCAAUUGCAACAAGUAUGAACGAUUUCCGAUCAAUAUGGUUCACAUUUAGUUCAAUUAAACAGAGUAUUAUGUUUAUGAUGUCACCAUUGGGAUCUUUACUUGCAAUGUAUCCUACUUGGAUGUUAAUUAUGAAAUUCGGUUACCGUCGCAUCUGUUCAACUACUUGCCUCAUUUCAACAUUCCUCACUGCUUUCCUCCCAUGGUCUAUAUUUUUCGGGUUCCCAUAUGUUGCCACGUGUCAAUUCCUGCUCGGUGCCACUGCUCCAUCGGCUCUUCUACUUGUGCCAAGUGUCAUUCGAAAGUGGUCAACACGGAAGAAUGAUCACUUCUGUUUUCUUGUUCUAUUCACUUUUCAACAGAUCUCUCCCGCCGCUCUUUACCCAAUUGCUGCAUACAUCUCAAAAACUUUCGUUGGGUGGCCAGUAAUCUUCUAUUUUCAAUCAAUUUUCAGUUGCAUCGUUACAACUGUCUUUUUCUAUUUUUAUAAAGAAACCCCAAUUCGGCAUGCAAAUGUAUCGGAUAACGAACUACAAAAGAUACAAAGAAAUGAAGCAGUCCGAGGGAAUAUUGAUUAUAAAAAAAUGUUUCUUUGUCAUCAAUUCCAAUCUGUGUGCUUCUCCAUUUUUAUAUAUUUUAUGACAUUUUCAUUUUUUGUUCAAUAUCUUCCUUCAUACCUGUACGAUAUUAUGGAACAAUCAGUUGAGAAAACUGCAUGGACCGUUUCUCUGAUUAUUAUUGUACAUCUAAUUCUUAAAAUCUUCAUAUCUCGAAUAUUCGAAAAAAAUCCAUUGCUCACGAACAUCUAUUCAAUCAAAUUUUUGCAAUUUUCCAGUUUUGCCGGUUCAGCUGUGAUUAUGAUCACGCUCUUUGUUACCAAAUUCCAUUUUGACAUUCAAUUGAUCUUAUACGCUGCCAUUUUUGCAUUCCUUUCUCUAACUUGGCCAUCAGUUUUUAAAAGCUCAAAUAUUAUCAGCAACAAGUACUACCUCCCAGUAAUGGUUCGAAUUCACGUCGUUCUUUUUUAUUUUGGAUCCUUUGCAUCAAAUAUUCUUCCAUUGGUCCUUGGAAGAAACACAGAGUCAUGGAAUAAUUGGAGAUGGAUCUGGCUCGUAUUCGCUGUUCUUCUCAUUGGCUCCGUUAUAUUAUUUUGGCUAACAUUCCAGUUUGAAAAAUCAGAUUGGGAUAUAGUGAUACCUGUUGAACCACCACAACCUCCUCGUCCCGAAGAUAUUGCACCAGUGUCACAUCCAAGACCAUGUCAAUUUUCUACUUCUUUUGAUGAUGAGAUAGUGGUUUCAAUAAUAUCUCGUGGAUUGGAUCGAUGUGAUACUUGCAAAAAACAUGGAAUUGACGCUAGAAUUCAUCCAUCAAAUGAAAGUGAAGUUAUUCCGACGAGAAAAAUGUUUGAUGAACUUUUGCAGCAGAAUCAAGAAGAUACUCUGACAGUUACAAGAUUUUAAUUGAACACGACUUAUAGUCAAUAACAAGAAACUAAUGUAGAAUAAAUAUUUAAAAAAAAUUUAGU